GGAAUCAAGUGUCAUUUCUACCUCCUGGAGCCUCACAGCUGAGACAGAGUUGUGCUAUCAGGAGCAAGCAGACUGCUGCCUAGCCUCUUGUCUCUCUCACACACACAUUCACUCACACUCACACACAUGCACAUACACAAACAAACGCUCAUAUGCACACUAUGCUGAAGAUGAGUCUGGAAGUGCUUGACAUUGCUGUCAGAUGCUGUUUGACUUUGGAAUAGGAGUGCCUUCAAAUCAGGGAGAGGGGGCAUGUCGGUGAAGUUGCGGUUUCAGUUCCCAGCAGAGAGCGGCAUGGUGCAGAGGAGUCGCUCCUUCACCGGCUACGGCUCGGUGAGCGGCAGGCGCAGGACCUCCUCAGUGCGCAGCUCACUCAGGACUAAAGUCCUGUCAGGGAAAUCUCCCCGAAUGCCAAUCUCUAGCCGAAUCAACAGCCAUAUCUGGGGCCAGCAGCCUGAGCAGGUGGACAAAAUCUUCCAGGCCUUACGGAAAGGGCUGAAGGAGUACCUAGAGUGCCAUCAGACUGAGAUGGACUUCCUGUCGUCCCAGCAGAGGGAUACUAAGAGGAACUCCAGACUGGCUUUCCUGUAUGACUUAGAGAAGGAGAUCCGUGCUUUGGAGCGAUAUAUUAGAAGACUGGAGUUCCACAUCAGCAAGGUUGAGGAGCUGUAUGAGUCGUACUGCAUCCAGUGGCGCUUGUGUAAGGGUGCCAUGAACAUGAAGAGGGCUUUCUCUCUCUCACCCUCCACCCGUGCGUCGAGAGAGAGCCUAAUGGAGCUCAACCGCAGCCACCGAAUCAGUCUGGAGGACAUGUGUGUAGUCGAGGGAGAGCUGGAGAUUCUCCUGGGAGAACUGCAAAUCAAGAUGAAAGGACUGAUAGGCUUUGCAAGGCUCUGUCCAGGGGAUCAGUAUGAGGUGCUGAUAAGGCUGGGGCGUCAGCGUUGGCGGAUACGGGGGAAAAUCCAGUCGGAUGACAGACAGCACUGGGAUGAAGAGGAGAUGAUUUUCUUCCCUCACAUUCACGAGAACUUUGAGAUAAAGGUGACAGAAGUGAAGGGUUUGGGUUCCAGUUUGGUUGGCAUGGUUACGUGUAAAAGUGCAGACUUCUUCAUGUCGCGGCCUCAACUGAUGGUGGUGGACAUUACAGAACUAGGCACCAUCAAGCUGCAGCUGGAGGUGAUAUGGAAUCCGUUUGACAGUGGGGAGAUGAGGCCUGUGGUGUCCUCAGCCAGCCGCCUCUCUCUUCCCAGCAGGAAAGGCUCUGUGUACAGCUGGACUCCCCCAAACACGCCCAGCUUCACGGAGAAGUACUUCAUUUCUAUGGUGCGGCAGAUGCAGGACCAGGAGGGGGGCUCCUUCUCCUUGGGCUCCAGGGAGUCCAGAGGAGCGUCUCUGCUCAGCUACCUGUCCGACACGUCGCCGGCCUACGAGAGAGGCAGUCAGACCCACAUCAGUAAGCGCAGUUCCCUUCACAUCCCCACGGAUGAUGAACUCAACAAGAGUCUCCCGGAGGAAGGGGGUGAUGACGACUGGCAGAACGAUCCGGACACGAGCCCCCCGAGCCCCGACGAGACCCGCCGUGACUCCCUGCUCCUGUUCCAACGCUACAGCACCCCUGACAUCCUCAGGCAGAACCGGGGUGCUUCCCCAGUCCUGGAGCCAGACACGGAGAGCAGUCUGAACACUACCCAGGACACAAACGGAGAGGUGGGCCCCCAGGUGGAGCAAAGGGUGUCUGUGGGACUUGAGGAGGCGGAGGAACAGGCCCUACAGCAGCCGGAGGUGAGCGUUGCCCAGAGGAUAGCCGUGGCCCAGAGAAUCAGUACCCUCCUGGCUGCCUUGGCAGCCGCCCUGGGGGAGGAAGGAUGCACAGAGACACCACUGAGGGAACUGGAGAAGCAGAUCCAACACCUAAAUAAUGUCUUAAAAAGGGACCUCAGCAUGUUCAAGACCUCCUCCACUGAAACGCUAGCUGUAGAAGAAGUCCUGGGCAGCUUUGACUUCCUGUCCACAGACUUUAACGCAGACGAAAUCUCUUGCAUGGGCAGCGUUCGGAUCAGGGACACAGGGAUCAGCUCAUUUAAGGAGAAUAUGCUGAAGAGCCUGGGGCUCUUGUCACAGGAAGACCCCCUGCAGACUGAGCCGGAGAGCAGAGACAGCGUCACACUGAGCACAAGCAGCUUCAGUCUCGACCAGAGUCUGGAGACACACCUGAGCAUCUGUGCAGUACUACUGAGGGCAUUGAGAGGUUCAGACUCUGACCUUGUGCGCAAGGACAUUCUGGAGGAGCUAUCAAGGCAACUCGAGGUACUUGAAAAAAUCGGCCAGCUGUCCCUUGGGAAGACAGAUGACUUCUCAGUACAAGACAUCCUCCCUGCCACCCUGAAACAGAGGAGCCUGCAGGCGCUGUGGGAGGAGUGUUCCAGUCAGGAGUCGCCCUUCUGCUGCUCAGCCGACGCUUUCAUGAGAAGCCUCAGGAAGAGGUUCAUCCACAAAGUCAAAGCCAGGCAGCCAGGCCAGUCAGACGCAGUGUUUGUGCAGCUGCUGCAGCAGAUUCAGGCCAGCUGCAGAAUGGUUCCCACCAUCCUGUGCAGCACUGAUCGAGUCACUGUCUUCCAGUUCUUUACUUACCUCAAUAGAUGGGGCCUGGCAGACUUUGGAGAGCAUAUCUCUCGCCUCUCCAAAGAAGUGUACCUGCAGUCAGCCCUGGAAGGCCCUAAGAGGAGGAGGGCUCUGAAGAAGGCUCGAGGGAGACACAUUGCUGAGCUGCAGCCUCUCAGCCGUACCCUGCAACUCGUGGCAGGGCUGCAGAUAGACGCCAAUCACAGGGUUGCUCAGGCCGCAGCCUCCUGCCUCUGCAGAGUGUGUGGCUUCAAGCCUCUAAGGGCAAAAGCUGUGGUUUAUUACACCGAGGUCCUGAAGGACAGUGACAAACGAGAACAAAGGGCAGCCUGCCUGGCUCUAAAGUGUCUCAAAGCAACUGAGAGUGCAGAACAGGUGGCUGAACUGUGGCGCUUGACUGACGAGGACCUCCGGAAUGCAGCCAAAGAGACUGUCCUAUCUUUCGGUAAAAAAGGAUACAUUGCAUUUCAGCAAAUGGAGAGGAUUUGCUCUGAGUUACAGGAAGACACUUACCAGAAUUUAGAGACAGAAAUCACAAUACUAUAAAAGAGAGAUGGAAUGUGGAUUCAUCUGAACCACUGUACAUACAAGUGUUCAAUACAUGCUGUGUUGAGUAAUAUUCAUUCAUUCAAUGUGCCAAAAAACACCUCAUUGCCUGUCAGCUGAUACAUGUCAGCUGAAGCCAGUACAUUUGCACAGACCAGCUGCAUAGGUGGGUCAAAGAUCUGCUCACACUAAGUGCUUACACCUGGGACAAAAGGGUGCUUGGCCAGAUAUUUAAGAUAUAUGGCAUGUGCCAAACUUCAUGGUUUUGGACCAAGACUAUAAAUAACAAUUAAGGUCUAUGGCAUGUGCUUUCCUUCAUGGUUUUGAAUGAAAUUGAAAGUUAUAUAAUGAUUACACACAUGUAUUUUCAACAGGUUCCCUCUUUGUACAUUAUUAAACUGUUUAAGGAAAAUAUUUAUAAAUAAAGCCUUUAUAUAUUACCCUUAUUAACAUAUGUACACAAGAAAUAACAUAAGAAAAUGUAUAUAAUUUGGUGAAAUUUCAUUAUGUAUUUGUUUUUAGAGCAUUUUAGACCAUCUUUCAUGUGUUAUAAGCUGAGGUGAAUUAAAAGCUACAUCAGGACCAG